AUGGCAUCUCAUUACUCUUCCGACGCAUCGGCGUCAGCAAAUGCUGCGGUGAAGCAGGCCGCUGAAUCAAUGGAAGCCAGACAAACACGAUUCUCCCCCGAACAUGAAAAGGGCCUACUGGAAGAAUCAGCAGAGAGGAGAGCUAGGGCUAAUGAGCUGUUCAACGCGGGUGACUGUAGCGCAGCACUCGCACAAUACGAACAGGCGUUGUUGUCGUGCCCUGACUAUAAACACUUUGAGCGAGCUGUCGUUCACAGCAACACUUCAGCGUGUCUAAUAAAACUCGAGGAUUGGACCGCGGCUGCCAAGGCGGCGACAAGCUCUCUGGAUGCGCUCGUGGUGAUGGAGCGCGAGCUUGGGCUGAUUCCCGAAGCCAAGUCGUCGCCUGCGCAGAGCACCGAGAACAGCAAAGAUAUAUCGAAGGACAAGGAGAGCAACAACACAACCAAUUCAGGCGCAGAAGCCGAUGAACAUGGGCUGGAUGGCGCGGAUCAGGCGGAGCCCCCUUUCACACUCGCUAAUGUUCCAGAGGCCACGAAGAACGACAUCAAGCGCAUCAGAAUAAAGGCACUCUUGCGACGAGGUCGCGCCCGCGCAGAAGCGGGAGGCUGGUCCAAUUUCUCCGGCGCGGAGGAGGACUACAAGACACUGUCUCGAAUUCCCGGUCUCACAGCGGCGGACGCCAAGACGGCGCGCGCCCAGCUGAUCGCGCUGCCGCCCAAGACGAAGGCCGCACAAGAAAAGGAAAUGUCGGAAAUGUGGGGGAAACUGCGCACACUAGGAGAUGGGAUGUUAAAGCCAUUUGGUCUGAGUACAAGUAAUUUCCAAAUGGUCAAGGAUGAGACGACGGGCGGAUAUAGCAUGAACUUUCAAGGCAAUCAGGGGCAAUGA